CCGUGUCGUUCACGUUCAUUUGACAUCCGUAGGUUUCGAAGUACACUAAACGUGAACACACACAACAAAAACACCAGUUCAGCAACUCGGCCGGCGCCGCUUCACAGGUGACUCGCAGCGACGCGCACUGACCUCUUCUCGAGCUCCCCGUCUCCGAGUCCUCGGGGAGGUAACCGCGUUCCCCGGAGCCCUCUUCGUCAACCGCGGGGCGAGUCUCGCGAACAACCGGAGCCCCUUUGAUGAAAUCUUGAAAACUCGGACCGGAGGAUAUCUGAGCCUUGAACCGGUCUGCGGUCGCCGUCCUCCUCUCUCUGGAGGUCACGCCGCCGUUGGCUAAUUUAGAACAGUAUUUGGAUGGAGCGCACCUGAGGGGCUUCCAGAGUUGAGGGAGGGUCGCGAGGGGUUUCCUCAGGUAUUCCAUGUCCAGUUCGCUCACGUAAACUGCGCGAGCGAAGGACGCGUGGCUGGCUUAACGGCCGUACCGCAUACUGCAGUUGGUCACUUACUUGUUUAUCUUGGUGGUGAAAUGUCAUUCAGAAAGCUCGUGUCUUGUGGAGCCAACGAUAUCUUCACGGCAAGAGGGGUAUCUCCCCAUUCCAAAGCAACGGUGCGAAGACCCGGAAGUAGCGUUGAGCUGUCGGCAAUUACACGUUUGCUGGGUGAUAAUUAGUUUUGGGAACGGUGGCAGGAAUUGUUAGCUUAUGUUAGCUAACGUGUGUAACCAUCGUUCACGACGUGAAUAAUAUCAGUGUUUGUCAGGUGCAACGUUUGUCUUUCAGUAGUUAAUUUACAAACAUGGCGUGAGGAUGAGGUGAGGAAGAGUUCAUUUGGUCUCUCACUCUGACCUUUUUAUGAUAAACGGACCAACUGUUCCUUUACAUCCUGAAAGCUAAGAGAAAAGAACAAGGGAUGGUUAAAGAUUACGGUGUCCCGCUGGGCCAAGUUGGAAGUUAACGACAGGGAAUCCUCUUGCGUCCCAACAAUCCGUUUGACAAGAUGUCCCCGGGUACGUCGAGCUUCACGGUCCGUGUAAAACCCUCCUUGACGGAAAACAACGUUCCGGGCGUCGGCGGACGCUUCAAAGUGAGUUCAAUAAAUCACCAAAAAUCUUGAAUCCGGGUUAAAAGCUGAACACUUUGUACUGUAUUGAUACCGUUCAAUCAAUCCCUAGAACCAACUGAUAAAUACGAGGUGUGCACAAUGUAAAGCUUUGAACUCAUGCAGUCUGUAGCCUUGAAAUACAUAAUUAAACAUACCUUUAACCCGUUAAAACCAAGAGCUGUUUAUUCAAACAUAUUUUCAUUUAAUAGGCAUUAAAAUUGUCAUAGUGUCCAAUAACAUAGACACUUUUAAAGGUGUUUCUGUUUUUUCUUGUUUGUUGUCCUCAAGGUUCCUUUGGACAAAAUCCUCUGACAUUAAGGUCUAUAGAUGCAUUUUGUAUUUUCCUUGUUGUAGACAAUUUAUUUUAGGAAUAACAUUUGCAUAAUCUACGUAAAGUAAUGGCUGUCAAAAUUAGCGUUUUAAUAACAAUGUUUAUACAAUUAUAACUAUAUCUCACAUAUAUUCUUUUAUUUUAUUUGUCUUAAAUCAUUUGUUGGCGAUUACUUUAUGACAUAAACUCAAUGUGGAAAUGUGCCUUAUUUUUUUUCCCCUACAUUCUGAGUUAUUAUACUUAUAUCGUACAUCUUGCACAACACACUUUCUGUAUUGAAUCAUGGCAAUAAAACAAAGUUGGAUUUGAGAAAAGGGGCGAAGGACAAAAACAAAGAGAGAGAGAGCAUGAUGACAGCUCAGCUCAGCUCAGAGAGAGGGAGAGAGAUCAUGUGUGAUGUGGGAGUGACUGGGAGCUACAGGUUCAUAUAAAUUGACCAUGGGUGGGGGGAUAACAAACAGUACUGCUCCAGUGUUGCCUUUGUCCAGCCUUUCCUGGCAGUGGGAGAUGAUGAGAGUGGAGGGCACCAAAUAAAGAGGAACCGCAAAGACGCUCAGAACUGACACACACACACGCACACACGCAACAACAAUAUCCAGCCAUCCAUUCUUCUUGUCCGGGACUGGCUGUGAGGAUGGAUAAAUCUGCACUGCUGCUGUUUUGUUACUUGGUCGUGUCUUUAUCAGGCUUCCCGCUCUACCCGACCAUUAGGUUCGGCCAGAGGAACACAUCCAUCCUGAUGACAUCUUCUGUGAAGAAUCCAGCAGAGCAGCUGGAGGACGACACAAGUCCCUCCAGGGAGCGUUCAGAGUUGCGCACCGGACGCCAUGCUGAUGCCAUCUUCACCAACAGUUACAGGAAAGUGCUGGGCCAAAUCUCUGCCAGGAAGUUCCUGCAGACCAUCAUGGGCAAACGGCUCGGAGAUAAAAGUGUGAGCUACAUGAAACGUCAGUCAGACAUAUACGAAGGGAGCUAUAAAGAAGAUCUUACAUCCAUCCAGAGCAAUCAGAGAUACCGAGGAGUGCAGGGGAACGUCAUGAGGCGCAGGCUGCGGAGUUGAGAUGCCGGUGCUCCUCACCGACAGCACUCUUCAUAACCAUCGCUGCUUGUAUUCUUACACUUCCUCCAACCGGUUCUCCACAGAAGAAAAUUAUGAUUCUUUUUUUUUUUAAUUCCCAUUAAAGCUGUGAAGAAGCUCAGCUCAUGGCUGUGGAAUAAAUGACACUGAGGAACUUC